AUGAAAACGAAAAGGAGCUCGUUCGUAGCUAUCUGCGCAUGGUUUCUUAUCGAGAUGUUUUCCUCUGUGCGAAAGAAAAGAAUUCCCAGCACCACAUAUUAUCCAACAGACAGACGCAAUCGUGACGUUAAAAUCGUUCCAAGGAGGAAUAGAUUUGUGAAGAUAAAAUUUCCAGACCAGGGUUCGUCUCCUCAGGAUAGAAGACUUCCCUACCUUUUUCUCAACGGACAUGUCAUUACUUGCGUGCAGUUAGUGGGACCACGUGAUCGGCGUCAAUCUAAUGGGGAUGCAUCGCUCCGGGGCAACCCUACUAGAUUAAACAUGCGGGCCACAAAGUUGUGCGUGAGGAGGAGGAAAAACCUAGGCAAUACCGCUGAGCAACCGGGAAGCACAGAAAAGGAUGAAGUGGUAAAGGGAAAAGCAAAGGCCCGUCGGGGAAGGAAAAAAAGGGAGGAGAGCCUCCCUAUGGGAAAUGAAAACGGUGGUGCAGAGGGUGAGGACCCCUCCGCAUGUGAAGGGGCAGAAGAGGGGGCGGAGCAAGUGAGGGCGGCUAAAAGGCAAGCAAAGAGGGAAAGCAAAAAGGGGACAAAAAGGAGCGCAAAAAAGGGUGCCAAAAACACCAGAAAGAAAGGUACCAAAGAGACCGCUAAAAGGGGCACAGACGGGGGAGAAGCCCUGCAGGGAGAACCCCUUCACCAAAUCGCCAUUCCAGGGGGGUCCAGUGAAGACCAGUUUCACGACAACGAGGCGAUCGAAUAUUUUGCCGACGACUUUGCCAUGGAGGACGAAAAAGCGGAAAACACAGCGCGGGUGAAUAAGGGACGAAGGAGGGGAAGUCAAAAGGGGGGCAAAUCAAUUGGCACCAAAGAGGAACCAAGGGGGGACACCUCGCAGGAUGAUAUCGCUCCAAAACAGGAGAGCGACAAUUCGCAGGACGAUGUCGCCGCGAAACAGCAGGGGGAACCCCUCGCCGAGCAGGAAAAACUGGAGAGGGAACGUAAAAUCGAGUUCAUCAAAAGGGUAGAAUUUAUGCUCCAGGAAGAUGAGAAAAAUGUAAAGCUGUACGAAGAGAGAGAAGACAUUGAAAAGCUGCGGUUCGGAGAAAAGCCACCCCCAGGAAGCGAAGAGUUCAUGAAGACGAUUUUAAAAAAUGUGCACACGGAGAAGCAGACCGACGUACCAGAUUCGUCGACGCAAAAGGGGAAAUACGAUCUGAGGAAAAAACACCUUUUUUACGAACUACUCCGAAUUAGCAAUUCCAACAGUUUCCCCACACACAAAAUAUACACCCACGCCGAUUUGAUAUAUGGAAUGAAGUACAGAAAGUUGGGAGAAAGCAACCUCUGUGUAAGUGAACUUUGUGUAGGCACCAAUAUGUACGAAAAUGACAACUUCAUCAGCAAAGACGAUGUGAAUGUGCUACUGAACAUGGCAUUUUACGAAUAUGGAAUAAAUUUUUUUGAUAUCUGUGAAUAUGACCCAUUUCCACAUGACCCCGUCAGCUACAAAAAAGGGAAAAAUAAAAAUAUGAAUUUAUUCCUCAAAGAUAAGAAAAGAGAAAACAUCAUCAUAAAUUUACGAAUGUGUUCCUCAAAAAAUGUGGACAAACUUACCAAUGGAGAAUAUUACCUAAGUUGGAUUAUGGAAGAUCUAAAGGAUGACACUCCUACCUUUUACAACUUGGAAGAAAGGCUCGAUAAAAUUCUAAAAAAUUUAAAUACCAAUUAUGUGGACAUUUUAACCAUUGAUAUGCCUGAGCGGUACAUACCAAAUGGUGCAAAGGGAGAAGACACUUACGUAUGGGGGUUUGAAAAUUUGAGUUUCUCACAGGAUAUACAAAAUGGAAAAAACGUAAUGUCGAUAGAAGAGCAGUUUGAAAUUUUGGAGAAGUUAAUUCUCAAAGGGAAAGUACGACAUAUUGCUGUUUCGAACGAAUCUGUUUGGGGAAUAUACCAGUGGUGUAGUUUGGCAAAAAAAAAAAAAAAAAAAUUUAUGAAAAUUGUGUGUACACAAAAUUUGUACAAUUUGUUACACAGAAAUGAGGUGGAGUCAUCCGGCCUUGUAGAAAUGAUGUUGCGAGAAAAUUUUAAUGUACCGCUUGUUCCUUAUGGGUUGCUUGCUGGGGGAAUACUAACAGGCAAGUAUUUAGACCCGGAGAGGUAUCACACUAUGGGCCCGGACACCGUCCUGGGGGAUGACCAGCUCGAUCACGACCUGGAUGACUCUAAAGGGAACAAAGCGGAGGAUUACGGAUAUUUAUCUUAUGGUCCAAGGAAUGGACGAUGCAAUAAGUACCCAUAUCUGUACAAAUCACACAGAUGUGUGUGGGCUCAAGACGCGACAGCUGAAUACAUGAAGUUAGCUCGAUCCCACGGCAUGUCCCUAUCCCAGCUAAGCUUAAGCUUCGCUUAUAGUAGACCAUUUGUUGCUUCCUCCAUAAUUGGCCCCAGAACCAUAGGCCAGUUAAAAGAUUCCGUGCUGGCGCUUAACUAUCCAUUGUAUCAACACACAGAAUGGGAUUUGCACGAAAUUUUUCUACGAUUUAGAGGGUGCACCAUGGAUGGAAAUACAAUUCUUAAUAGUCUUAAGGACCCAAACAAAACUAGCCAAACGGCGUUCUACAAAAGUGCAAACAUCCCCAUACUGAGUGGAGGGACCCACUGGAAUAAUUAUCCCCUCCCAUUUUUUAACAAAAGGUAUGAGUACACUGAUCUGAAGGAAGAACACGAUCGUAUAAAAUCCACCUUUGGAUUGAAUGACGAACCGAAUGAUUCAAACUUCAUCAGUUCCAGGAUAUGGGUCGAAAGAGAGAAAAAAAAAGGUGAAUACUUCGCCCUAAAAGAAAGCAAACUGUUCGAGUGGGACAAAUACAAAAUAUACAAAGGAGUAAUGACCAAAUUAAGUAACAAAGAAAAGUACCUCUAUGAUACCUCCGACUUCCAUUUCUACUAUAAGGGUAACACCAUUUCGGUGGUCCCUACUGAUGAGGAGAUUUCGAACUUUUAUGAAAACCGAGAAAAGGUGAAGAAGGUCAUCAGCCAAACCAUAAAUGACUGCCAAGAGCUUUAUCAGUAUCAGGAACAACUGGGCCAGGAAAUGCCGGACAUUUUUAACAACCUCGACAUUGACCUGAUUUAUAAACAGCUCCUGAACAGGCACAAUAUUAACCCUUUGGAUAAGGACGAACUGAAUUCCAUAUACCAAUACAUCAAGCUGACUCCUGCGGAGUUAAAGACGGAGGAUUUCUGGUACAUCUACAAGUACAACCCUCUGGAUACGUCCUUUGCCUUCCGCACGGGAACCGAGCCGUGA